AGUGCUCAUGACAAACGCGUAAACCUAUGAACUAGCGCACGUGGCUGUUAUUGACAGAUUCGCGGCUAAUGAGAUCGCGAGGAUUCCACUUCCGUGAAUUUGACGUCAACGACGUUCUCCGUCCGCUGUGCGCAAGCACCAGUGCAGGCAGGGGGAGAAGUUGGCUGGCGGUGGUGAAGAUGGCGGAUGGAGACAGCGGGAGUGAGCGCGGUGGCGGAGGCAGUAGUGGUGGUGGUGGAGGAGGCGGCGGUUUCUCGCAGUUCCAGCGGGAGCAAGAGACGCAGGAAUUGGCGUCAAAGCGCCUCGACAUUCAGAACAAACGCUUCUAUUUGGACGUCAAGCAAAACUCCAAGGGCCGCUUCAUCAAGAUCGCCGAGGUCGGCGCCGGUGGCUCGAAAAGUCGUUUGACCCUCUCCAUGUCCGUGGCGGCGGAGUUCCGCGACUACCUCGGCGAUUUCAUCGAGCACUACGCCCAGCUUGGGCCCAGCAGCCCCGAGCAGAUCGCGCAGUCCUCAGGGGGAGGCCCCGGAGACGACGGCGGCCCUCGGCGGGCUCUCAAAAGUGAGUUCUUGGUGCGUGAGAACCGUAAAUACUACCUAGAUCUGAAGGAGAAUCAGCGCGGCAGGUUCCUGCGCAUUCGACAGACCGUGAAUCGAGGGCCGGGCUUUGGUCUCGGAGGCCCCGGCGGCGGCGGAGCGCAAGCGGGCCAAACGAUCGCACUACCCGCGCAGGGCUUGAUCGAGUUCCGCGAUGCGCUCGCCAAACUCAUCGACGAUUACGGUGGAGACGACGAGGAGCUCAGCGGCGGCGCCGGGGCCGGCACGGCCUCAGGCGGUUACAGUGAGCUGCCUGAGGGCACCUCCAUCAUGGUGGACUCCAAGCGCUUCUUCUUCGACGUCGGCUCCAACAAGUACGGCGUGUUUCUGCGCGUGAGCGAGGUGAAGCCCAGCUACCGGAACUCCAUCACGAUUCCGUUUAAAGCCUGGAGUAAGUUCGGCGGCGCCUUCUGCCGCUACGCCGAGGAGAUGAAGGAGAUCCAGGAGAGACAGCGCGAUAAAAUGUACGAGCGGAGAGACGAGUCCGAGGGGGAGGACGUGGAUGACGACUGAUGCUACAAAAAAAAAAAAAAAAAAAAAAAAGUUUAAAAAGUCUGUAUGUAGUGCUCAUAUAAUGAGAUCCGGUAUAAAAAUGUGUGCAGAAACGAGCGCAGAAAGUGCAUGACGAAUCGGACUUCAAAAUAGCCUACUCAAAUAUUCGUGGCGUGAUUUUCAUUUGACAGAAAAGAAAAAAAUAUAUAUAUAUAGCUCUGUGAAGUUUGUGUGAUGAGGAUAAACCGUCUAGAGCCAUUGGGCGAGUUCUGUUUUAUUCCAGGAAAGUUCUGAUUUAUUAUAGUCCUAAACCAGCAAGUUUUAAUUGUCUAAGGUGACAGUUACUUUUAUAACACUAAUGCUGCAGAAAUAAAAGAAGCAGUGAAAUUCAAGCAACAGAACAGAAAGCUAAUUGGUCAGUAUAUCUGAAAAGAAAUCUCUUGACUUGCCUUCUUUAUAAUAUUAUUAUAUGGUUAUGGAAGCAAAACACCAUAAUCGUCUGUCCAUGUGGACCAGAAGAAUAACACUGCUGUCACCUGGCCAUGAUGGGCUAUUAGCAUAUAAACUAUCUGGGCAAGUCAUAGAAAUAUUCCCAGAAUGCAACUGAAGAGAAGUUAUAUACUCUACUAUACUAUACUAUAUGAAAAAUUAACUAAUUAGGUUAUGAGUAUGACUGAAGGCCCAUAUGGAGGUAUACCACCUCCAAUCAGGAGAAGACGAGGAAUUAUAGGAUUAAUACAUUUUGAGAAAAAUAAACUGCAUCAAAUAAUUAAAGAAAUGUUAAUUUAGGGGUGGAUUGGAAGUGCAAAAAAAAAAAAAAAGCUAUGUAAAACAGGUGAUUUGAGCACUGUCUGUUCCUGCUCUGGUCCAGAUUUGAAUGGCUAUAUUGGAGUUUAAGUUCUGUGUAACUUCUCGGUAGAUAUAAGGACCAGUUAAGGCAAUGAAACCACACUCCUUUUUUUAUUUAAAGGACAAAAAAAAAAUCAUAGAUGAGUCUUUUUGGUUGGUUCCUGUUCUUUUUGUUUGUUUAGAAUAAUAUAAAGGCAGAUUAUACUUUAUGACAGAAUUAACUGAACAAACCAGCAUAUUUUUAAUACCUUAAGUAGAAAAUAUAUUAAAGCCUCUAAGGCAAAUUUUCUAAGAUAAAAGUAAUAUGGAAUUUGAAAAUAAUAUCUUUUGUUUUGCAAAAGUUUGGAGAAUAUAUAUAAGUAUAUAACUAAAGAAUGUUAAUGUUAUGUACAGCCUGUUUCAGAUUACACAAAUAUCAACCCUUUCUCCAGCACACCAUCAAAUUUUACAUUGUAUUUGACUUUUUUUUGCUUAAUUUGCCUGUCUAAAUGACUUUUAAAGUUAAAGGGACAGUUCAACCAGACAAUGCUAACAGUGUAAAAAAGAAAACAUUACUGGUUAGCAUGGGAUCAGUCAAAUUAGCACUAUUGGAUUGAACUUGCUCUUUAAGUAAACACAGUGAUGGCACUCGAGCUCAUCAAGCUGUCCUGUAUUAAUUGUGGUGUUGUGCAUGCUUUCCCCAUAUUGUUGUUUAUUUAAUUUAUUAAGUUCUUUAAACAUGGUAUAUGUAGCUGUGUUGAUGCUACAUUUUUUUUUUUUUGUUACUGUUCUUUUUUUUUUUUUUUUUUUUUUUUUUUAUUACUCCACAACUUGCAUUUAGAGAGCAAACCAACAAAGAUGUCACUUGUUUUCUUUAGGUAUCAUCCAGGCUGGUCACGUUUUGUUUUGGUCUUCUUACUAGGAAUAUGUGAAUUACCCAGUGGUAAUGACCACGGCUAGUAAAAGUGUUGCGUUGAUUUGUUUGCCACAUUUCAUUGUUGCACUUUAAAAAAGGAUCAACAGUAUCCCAAGGAUUAUGGUGCAGUUUACUGAGAGUGAUGUAGGUCAUGAUAUUGUUUUUUUUUUUUGUUUUGUUUUGGGGUUUUUUUUUUUUUUGCCUCUUACUUACAGCAAUGAAAUUAAGAGAUCCUUUUGGGAGGCUUAAGUGUUCUGUAUUCAUAUAUAAAACCAUCUUUUGUUAUCCCUACUGACUUGUACUGUUUCAUGUUAAAUGGCAGCUGUUUCCGUAACUGUGUCCUACUGUAAACGCUCAAGAUCCAAUUAAUAAACGCAAAACUUGUUUUAUGCAGAAGAUCCAAUCGAAGAAUAGAGCGCAGUUUUUAACACAGAUUAUGACCGGAGCAGAGUGACUUCAGUGUUUUUUUUUUUUUUUUUUUUUUUUUUUUUUUUUUAAAUUGUUGUUAUUUUUUUGUUUGUUUUGUUCUGUUUUGUUUUGAUUUUUUCCCCCCUAGGUCAGUCGUGUGUGCCACUGGCACUGCUGAGAUCUCUGCUCCAUUUCAUUCAUGUUCUCCUUCAACCUGCAAUCGCAGCAGCUGUUGUCCUGCAGCAGGGAGCUGACUUAGCAGACUGUCUAUUUUAACAUGAGUGGCAUGGGGAGGCUAGCAUUCCUGUCCAGGAUUCAGCUGUGCCGUUAGCACUUGAGUGCUGAAAGACACAAGGGCUCGAUUGUUGAACCCACUGUGCACAGACACCCUCCAAAAACGUAAUUGCAUCAACAAGGCUGUAGCAAACACCCUUUCUUUACUGUUCCGACCAUAUCAUCUUUAGCAUGGGAAGUAGGGCAACUCUCUCAGCCUUUUGUUACUGACAUGUUCAGAGAUUUUUCAGUCAGAAUUUUUUAUUAAAAUUAAUGCCGGUCAGCUGUUAAAGCACUCAAGUACAAUUGGCUAGACGUGAAAUGUAAAAGCACUAGGCUGGGUAGAAGCAAGCCCAAUGAAAGUGUGACAGAGCACAAGCAGCUGUUGGCAAGAUAUUUUUCCCCCUCUUCAGCUGUGCUGACUGCUCCUCUGUGUGUGCGCGUGUUUUUUUGUUUGUUUGUUUGUUUUUUGGUUGUUUUUUUUUUGCGCUCCCAAACCACCUUUACACUUCAUUUCAAGCUCAAAAAAGGAAAUCAUUCUGAUUAUUGUGAUCAUUCUGUGGACCCGUGACUUCUCUGUGGUCGUCGUAAUGUAUGACGUAAUGUAAAACUGAACUAAUGCUAGUUUUCUUGGUUGUGUGAAUGUUGUUAUAUGUGGCUAGAAUAAUCAGACUAAUCAGUUCAGAGGAGAGUCUUACUGUGGGUAUAAACAGGCAUUCCACUAAUUACACUUGUAUGCACUACACCAUAUUUCAAAAGCUCUGUACCAAUUAGGAUACUCUCUGCAAAAUCAUCUAACUUAUUACUCAUUUAUUGUCACCAAGAAAGUAAUGCCAGGAAGCAAUAUCCACACAGAGGGAUGAGUUUAUGGCUAUAUAUCCUGCUACAGCAGGUUGAUUUGUCUUCCUGUGAUUGAAAGUUGGGGAAUGUGCAAGUUCCAUAGGCUGUUUCCAUACAUUUCAUAAAUCCUUUCUGAAUUUCUUUUUCUUUUUUUUAAUUAGAAACACACAAGUGUCAUGUGUUGGAUUUUGUUAACUGUGUUGCUGUUCCAGGUAAUUCUCCAGAGCUCAGCGAUUACUUGAUGGACUGAUUUGGACAUGCAAGUGUGAACCCUGCUUUUAAUGGAACGUUCCUUCACAAGUCUAAGGAAUAGUUAUUUUUCAAUUAAUGUGUUUCUGGCAGAUAUGCUAAGGUCAACACCAAGCCCAUAUAUGGUUUCUACUCAGGUUAUAGGUAUCCUCAAUUUAUCUUUGUGCGCCCAUCACGUACAUACCUCCCGCUAAGAUUUAUGCUGAAGUGGUUAGGAGGCAGACUAGAUAAAAUUGUCCUAUAACAGGAUCUCUAAUGAGGUGAACACUCCAGUCCUGCUGGUGCUUGACUAUCCUGUAACCUCAGACUGCCUCCAACAGACCACAGACUGGAAGGCCAUCCAUUUCUCUAUGGGUGCUCACUUUUUCAAGUGGAGAUUUACAAGUCUAUAUUUAGAAAAUGCUAUGUAUGUUUGUACCAGAAUAAAGAAACUUAUAAUUGAUGGUAAA